AGUAUGUGGAAGAAGUGAGGUAUUGUGAGGCUGCUGCAGUGGGAGAGAAACACGCACACGGGAGGACUGUCGCACACUCUGUCCGUUGCGGGGAUAUUCCUUCAACUUACCCGUUAUUUUGAAGAGCAGUGACUACUUGUGGUGUUUUUGUUUCCAUCUUCUCCAACACUGGAUAAGGAAUAUUUAGGAAUAACUGACGGGUAAUAUUAAAGAGCCCCAUAAAGGAUGACAUUUGGGCGAUUUGUUCCUCUGUAGAGCCAGCUUUGGUCCGACACGAAGGACGCGCACAACGCACUGCCCUGUGGAUUACUGCACUCUCUCUUUUUUUUUAAAGUUCAUCACCAUGAAAUGUGCUUCUAAAUGAAAGUGAACCCCGCGUCCACCCGUUACAUGCCUCCGUCCCUCUUUGCGCCCCGAUCCAGAUGAGAGAUCUCCCCGGUGGACCUGAACCGCUUUUACGCAGCCAGUCCCCGGAACGCAGCCCCGCCGACGAUCCACACCGGACAGGAGCGGAGAGACCGUCCGUUCCCACACCCACUCCUUGUCUUUCUCCCUCGGAUCCUUCGCGCCAGGCUAAAAGGCUUCCUAUCCGGAUCGUAAAGAUGUUGACGGCGCACAGCGGCCACUUGCUGCACCCGGAGUACCUCCAGCCUCUCACAUCCGCGCCUGCCAGUAUUGAACUGGAUGCCAAGAAGAGUCCUUUGGCCCUGCUGGCACAGACCUGCUCUCAAAUUGGUAAACCAGACCCCCCCUCUUCCUCCAAGUUGGCCUCCCUCUCCUCCAGUAGUCUGGGAGACAAGGAGCCCUCCAGCCGGUCAUCCAAGUCCGGAGAACAGCACCAGUCCCUGGAGGACAAAUCCAGCUUCAAGCCUUACUCCAAGUCAUCAGGCGACUGCCGUAAGGAUGUUCUGGUGACGAAGGGGCCUUCAGAUAAAGCGUCUUUCAGGGUGCCAAAUGGAAGCUCCGGUGGUGGUUCAUGUCCAUCUUUCCCUCCCCAUUCACGGUCACCCGGCUCUAGUUCUCCUCCCCUGCACAGUCAGAGCCAGCCCCACAGACAAAGUCAUUCCCCUUCCAUACAGCCCCCACCACACUCGCAGGCUCCACACGUGGACAGCAAACCUGGGAGCUCAGAGCCAGCCAGCUCGGACAGUAAUAGCAACAACGCUGGUAAAAAAGACUCAGAUGCAGCUAAGUCAGGCAUGGAUGGUGCACAGUUAGCCAACUCCAGCCACGUACGGGCCAGCGCCAACUCCAGCAACGCCAGCUCUGCAAGCAGCCCGCGGCCAGAGAGCAAGGCUGACCCGCAGGCCUCCUCACAGUCCAGUCUGGGCUCAGGGCACAUUGCCCCAGUCUCCCCAUUUAAACCAGGACACUCUGUCUUCCCCCUACCCCCUGCUUCUAUGGGCUACCAUGGCUCCAUUGUCGGGGCUUAUGCCGGCUACCCGUCCCAGUUUGUCCCUGGCUUGGACCCUACCAAAUCUAGUUUGGGUUUAGGACUUUCAGGGAAGCACCCCAGCUCCAGCCCACUCACUGGAGCCUCACCCCCAUCUCUGAUGCAGAGUUUAUGUCGGGACCCUUACUGUCUGAGUUACCCCAAUGCACCCCACCUAGGAGGCAGUAACUGCUCCACCUGCGUCCAUGACCCUUCGAGCCUCAAGUCUGGUUUUCCCCUGGUUUACCCCUCACAUCACCUUCACUCUCUACACUCUAGCUCCUUGUCCUCCAGCACGACCCCCUCUCUUUCCCACCCCCUUUACACGUAUGGUUUCAUGCUCCCUAAUGAACCGCAGCCUCAUGCCUGUAACUGGGUGUCUGUUGGGGGUCCCUGUGACAAGCGUUUUGCAACAUCAGAGGAGCUGCUGGCCCACUUGCGUACCCACACAGCCCUGCCUGGUAUGGUGGACACUAAGUUGUUGUCUGCCUAUCCGUCAUCGGUUUCAUCGACAGCUUCCUGCCAUCUCCACUUGCCCCCACCCAGCAGCCCGGGUACCCUGCCCAGUUCCUUCUCCCUCCGUGGCUCUCCUGGCUUGGGUCUGGCACGCUACCACCCCUACAGCAAAUCCCACUUGCAAGGAGCCCCAGGACUUCCCAUGCCAUCCCUGCCCUCCUCCUCAGCCUACUACUCCCCCUAUGCCCUCUACAGUCAGAGACUGGGCUCAGCCUCAGCCCUUGGAUACCAGUGACAUCCAAAACUGCGUUGAUGCCCACAGACUGCAGGCACCAGCUUGGGAUUCUCCAGAGCAGCCCUGAAGAUGGAUAGUCAAGAUUGGGGUCAUCACCAGUACAGGGCAUCGUGCCUGUUGGCCUGCCUGCCAGGAACACCACCUGUUAGCCUCAGGAUUGCGACUGGUGCUCCAAAGGCAAAAGACUGAUGGAUCAACUGCAGCAGCAGAGAUAGAACAGACUUUGGUGAUCUAAGACGGGUGGGAAGCAGAGCUUAAAAAUGAUAAACUUGUCUUGAUUUCUUUUGUUUUUCUCAAUAUCUCUCCUAGAUCUUAAAAAGUCUGUAUUUAUUUUUCACUCAAGCGCUUGGUAUUCAACUCCUGAGGGUUGGAAGUUUUGCUGUCCAAAUGAAUUCUAACUGAAAAGGAAUGAUUUAAGUAUACUACCAUUAUGCCUAUCAUACACACACAAAAAAAGUUGCACCAUAAUGAAGAUGGAUUGUGAGGUUUUAUUCUGAGAACCUCUUUUUUAAUUUUCUUUCCUUACUGCUGUUUUGUUUUCUUUUUUCCUCAUCCUUCACUGCGUUAUUCAGACUCUGGAGAAUUGCAUGUCUUUGAGAAUUAUCUUGAACAAUGCCAUUAUUUUUAUUUGUACAUAUGCAAAGAUGUAAUAUUUUUUCAAGCUUACAUGGGGUCAGCAAGCUACAGUCUCCCAAACAAAUGGUGCAGAGAUUAAAAAAAAACAAACAAACAAUAUACAAAGAAAAAAAAAUCAAUGAUGGCUGUGCUAUCCCACCAAUAGGAGAAAGUCUUAUUUUGUUAAAUAAAUGAUACAUGAUUGCA